UCGGACAAUCGAAUAAUCGACUCAGUUGAAGCGCGCAUGCGCGUCUAGUUUGACGUGUGUAAGUUGUCAAUCGCUCAUUGCUCCGGAGCCCGGUUGUUUCUUUGACGUUUCGUAACGUUUAUGUGCCAGAACUAAAGUGCAUCUAAAAAUAUUAAAAUCGCGUUGUAUUCAUCUAUUUUAAAUUAAAAAUGGAGAGAAAUGAACGUAAAACGAAUUCGCGCACACAUUCGAUUACUUUGGACCGUGAUUCUAAGUUUUUAUUGCGAAAAGUUUUGAUGGAUUUCGGUAUACUUUUUAUCGUCGGCUUCUUGAUCCUCGUGUUCUACCUGUGGGGCACGCCGUACGAGCGCGGCUUCUUCUGCGACGAUGAGUCCCUCAAGCACCCGUAUAAAGACUCCACGGUUACUAAUGUCAUGCUGUACAUCAUUGGAUUAGGUUUACCUGUUUUUACGAUGUGCCUAACCGAAUGGAUCAGGCUGCGCGACUACAAAGGCGGCCGGUCUCGUAUCAUCCUCGGCUGCGAGAUACCCGCCUGGUUCUGGGAGACGUACCGAGUGGUGGGGGUGUUCCUCUUCGGCUGUGCCUGCCAGCAGCUCACUACCGACGUGGCCAAGUACACGAUAGGCAGACUGCGGCCGCACUUCUUUGAUGUGUGCAAGCCAGACAUAGACUGCUCUUUACCAGAGAACAAGUGGCGGUACAUAGAGAAGUUCACCUGCCUGGGUGACGACACUAAACUCUUGAAGGAGAUGCGGCUGUCCUUCCCGAGCGGACACUCUUCCUUCUCUGCCUAUACUAUGAUUUAUUUCGCUCUAUACCUACAGAAACGUUUCCUCUGGCGCGGCUCGAAGCUGCUCCGCCACUUGAUACAGUUCGUGCUGGUCAUGAUGGCCUGGUACACGGUGAUGACCCGCGUGUCCGACUACAAGCACCACUGGAGCGACGUGCUCGCUGGCUUCACAAUUGGAACGCUCGCGGCUAUCGUUGUGUACGCAUUCAUAUCGGACCUCCGCAAGACGUCCCGGCGCCAGAGCGGGCCGCACGACAGUGAACUGACGACCAACGGGAACACCCGCACGGCCCCCAGCUGGCAGGUCUGACCGCCAACCCCCCAGGGGGAUGAGACGGGGGAGGGGGACUGACAUAUACCCACCGUCUCGAUGUAUACAGACUUUUAGGAGUGAAUGUAUACAGACUUAGGAGUGAAUGUAUACAGACUUUUAGGAGUGAAUGUAUACAGACUUAGGAGUGAAUGUAUACAGACUUUUAGGAGUGAAUGUAUACAGACUUUUAGGAGUGAAUGUAUACUGACUUUUAGGAAUGAAUGUAUACUGACUUUUAGGAGUGAAUGUAUAUUGACUUUUAGGAAUGAAUGUAUACUGACUUUUGGUAGUGAAUGUAUACUGACUUUUAGGAGUGAAUGUAUACAGACUUUUAGGAGUGCAUGUAUACAGACUUUUAGGAGUGCAUGUAUACAGACUUUUAGGAGUGAAUGUAUACAGACUUUUAGGAGUGCAUGUAUACAGACUUUUAGGAGUGCAUGUAUACAGACUUUUAGGAGUGAAUGUAUACAAACUUUAGUAUUGAGCAUUGUAAUAUACGUGAAUUUUUUCUAGAAUAUUCGAGAAUUUGGUCAGGUCAAACGACCUUUUUCUUGAAGACUUUUAGUACGCUUUGCAUAGUGAAAUUUUAUAGAAUGGUCGAGCUUGGUGGGCUUGUUGGAUUAUCUCCCUGUAUACAGACUUCUAAUACACGUGAAUUUUUUACAAAGUUAGGGAAUUUAGUCGAUUCGAAAGACCAUUUUCCUAUACAUAUAUGGAUUUUAAUUCGCAUUGGACAUUAUUUUCUAGAAAGUUUAAAAAUUUUGAUCGCGGUCUUGAAGGACCAGGACAUUCGAAGUAAUGUUAAAUAGAUGAUAUUCGACUGAGAAACGAAUUUUAAAGGACUUGAGCAAUUAGAUUUUAAAAGAGUGUUUAUAAACGUCUUGAGAUUGAUGUUCUUGAGGUUUCGUUCAGUUUAAUUGGCCUAAUGUAGUUGAAAUUACGAUAUAGUUUUAAGGGGUUUUUAGGUUAUGACACAUAAAUUUAUUUAGAAAUUUUAUUGGUAAAAGCAUUGAAAGACCGAAAAGGACUGAUAAUUAUUCGUAUAUUAAUAUUAAAAAAACAAGGAUUUUAUUAUUAUGUCUACAAGCAAUUCGCAUAAAAGCUACUUAGAAAUCGAGCAAAAUGAAGCUAUAUUUUCAUGUCUUCCAUACAAAUGAUUAACUUGAUGUCUUAUAAGGCCAUUUGUCCAUAAGUCAUGUCCAGACACGUGUAGUCAUAAUAUAUGAUUUAUGAAUGCGCAUAAAAGAAAUAACAGAAAUUAAACUUUAACUACAUUGUAAUAAGGUUGAAAGAUGAAUGGUAAUUGGCGUUGAGAAAUUCUAUGGAUACGAAUGAGCUUUGUGGUACAUGUUAGUUGAUUUUAGCUGUAAACGAGAUUUAUGAAUACGACAUAAGGAAUAAUUGCAUAGCAUUAGGGCCCUUAGGGCCCCUAUUCUAUUUUAAUUCGGGCCCCCAACUUUUAAGGGCCCCAGUG